AUGCAUGUCAAUGACGGACUGUCCAGCUGCAACUUCACCCCCUUCCUCACCUUCAUCAAAGGAGAGAUCGGAAAAGCUUUUGGCAUCAAGGACCUUGGGCCCUUCACCAUGUUUCUUGGUGUGCAGUUCGAGCGCAACCUCCAGACAUGUGAGCUCUGGGUUCAUCAGGAGGCAUACACAGAUGUGCUCCUCGCAGAGUACAGCCAUGCCUACCCUACCCCUGCCCCACCCCCGGAAGGGUUGUUUGGUCAUUUAUUUACCCCCUCCCGCCCUCAAACAAAUCCCUAUGGCCCUGGCAUCCCCGGCAAACUCACCCCAGCAGCCUCGGAAAACCUGACUGCUCAAACACAAAGUGCCGAGUACGGCCUCACUGAUUGCAACCCAGUCUCCACAUCUCUCGACCCUGCUUAUCCACUGGGUCGUGAGUCAGACGUCCCGUUGGAUGUUCCUGACCUGCCUGACAUCUCUUUUGCUGUCCUCCUCCUCUCUCAGCACUGCUCUUCCCCCUUGCCACGCCACUUCGCUGCAGCCAGGUGCAUUCUCCGCUACCUCAAGGGUACUCGCACCCAUCAUCUUCACUAUGGUGGAGCUCAGCAGGCUGUGCCAAUCGCUGGCCUCUCUGACAUGGACUGGGCAGGGGAGAAAGGAACCAACCAUGCAUCCACAUCAGGUUUUGUUUGGUCUCUUGCUGGUGGUCCCAUCAGCUGGUCUGCAAAGAAGCAAACCUGCAUUGCCCUCUCCACCACGGAAGCUGAGUACAUUGCGCUUACCCGGGCAGUCCAAGAAGGCAUCUGGAUUCACCAGUCGCUCCUUGCUCUCCAUCUCCACUGCCUGAACCCUCUUGUCAUUGCCACCGACAAUCACAGUGCCUGA